CAUCUUUCCUUCUGCCGACUGCCAGAGACAACGUACGUGCCCUUCGUGUCUGCAUCUCGUGCAUCAAAGGCUGACACGGGAGCACACCGCCACAUCUCUCUGAGCGCUGGUGAGCAGACAGCAAGGGCAGGCCACAGUUACGCUUGUCUCCUCAAGCUGCUCUGUACCGAGGGCUGCUUCUGUGCUCAGAGGACAAGGCCUGGGCUUUGGAUUCAGUGUCUAAAUACGAGCACCCCUGAUGGCAAGAUCACCCUGAGCUCCUAGCGCUCCCAGCAUGGCCCCAACCCGGUAUCUCAGGAGCUCGGCCAGCAGGGAUGUGAAUCCCGACCUCGACAUUGAGAGAAAAACUCCCUCCUUUGAUGUAGAGAAGCUCACUACCAUAUUGGAUGGAGGCGCUGAGAACACGCGUGUCCGAAGGGCAGUAGAGGCUGUGAUUCACAGCGAUCCUGUGUUCAGCAGGGAAGACAAGUACUUCCUGAGCCAGAACGAGAGUUACGAAGCAGCAGUCAAAAAGGCCGUGCACCUCAAGAAGAUGAUGCACCAGAUGAAGUGGAGCUGGGCUGGGCCUGAAAGCAAGUACUGUAAUAGAGCACUCGGGGGGGAGGUUGCUUUCACCCUUCACACUGUCUUUAUGGAGAGCAUCCUGGCACUGAGCACAGAUGAGCAGACGGCCAAGUGGAUACCCCUGGCUGAGAACUACCGCAUUCUAGGAAGCUACGCUCAGACAGAGCUGGGACAUGGGACUUACAUUCGGGGUUUUGAGACAACAGCGACUUUCAACAUUUCCACCCAGGAGUUUGUCCUGAACACGCCGAAGAUCUCUGCAAUGAAGUGGUGGCCUGGAGAGUUGGGCAGAUCAGCAACCCACACCGUGGUAUUUGCCCAGCUGUACAUUAAAGGGAAGUGCUAUGGUGUGCAUCCUUUCAUCGUCCAGAUCCGUAGCCUCCACGACCAUUCACCUGCACCAGGAGUAACUGUUGGAGACAUUGGCCCCAAAAUGGACUUCAACCACAAUGACAAUGGCUAUCUGCUACUGCAAGACGUUCGUGUUCCUAGGGAAAACAUGCUGAGCCGGUUCUGUGAGGUCCUAGCAGAUGGCACAUACGUGAAGCGAGGCUCUGAGAAGAUUAACUACUUUAACAUGAUCAUAAUACGUGUUAAGAUGCUUUCCAAUGAAGUUGUGCCCACUCUGAUGAAGGCAUGCAUCAUCGCCAUCAGAUAUUCUGUGGUUCGCCGGCAGAGUGAGCUAAAGCCUGGUGACCAAGAGGCAAAAAUCUUGGACUAUCAGACACAGCAACAGAAGCUACUACCUGUGCUGGCAACAGCCUAUGCCUUUCACUUCAUGAAUGAAUAUACGAAUGAACUCUUCAGCAAAGGAUACAGAGAAAUCAAGCAGAAAAACUUUGAUUCACUGCCUGAGCUUCAUGCAUUUUCCUCAGGCCUCAAAGCCAUUGUUACUGAGCACAGCACUGCGGGAGUGGAGACCUGUCGCAAGGCAUGUGGCGGACAUGGUUACUCUCUGCUGAGUGGACUCCCCUCGUUGUAUACUAGACUAGCAGCUUCUUGUACAUAUGAAGGGGAAAACACGGUUCUGCUCCUGCAGACAGCCAGGUUCCUGGUGAAGUGCCUGGGGGCAGCUCACUCCGGCCAGCCUGUCCCUCCAUCCGUUGCCUAUUUGUCUGCAGUGAACUCUGAGAGGUGUCUAGUAAGGGACAAGAGGGAUUUUCUCCAACCGGAUGUUUAUGUCGAAGCCUAUCGGCACGUUGCCAUCAGGGUCCUCAGCAGUGCAGCGGCCAAGCUGCAGGCACUGGUUCAGUCUGGAGCAGAGCAGCACGAGGCAUGGCACCAGUGCACAGUGCAGCUGGUACAUGCUGCAAAGGCUCACUGCCACUACCAUGUUGUGAAAAGCUUUGCAGAAGCAGUCGAGAAACUUGGACAGGAGGCUGGAAUCCAAAGAAUAAUGAAACAUCUCUGUGGGCUCUUCGCAUUACACGGCAUCUUCUCAAACACGGGUGAUUUCCUGCAUGAUGGCUACAUAUCUGGGGACCAAGUGGACAUGAUGACUGCAUCCUACUUGGACCUACUUGCUAUUGUACGGAAAGACGCUGUCCCACUAGUGGACGCUUUCGACUUCACGGAUGAGACCUUGAACUCUGCGCUGGGCAGCUACGAUGGACAUGUCUACCAGCGGCUCUACCAGUGGGCUCGGAAGUCACCGUCUAACACAAAGCAGGCAAACCAAGCCUAUGAAAAUUAUCUGAAGCCACUUUUUCAGAAUGGUCUGUCCAAACUGUGAAGAUUAUAAACUACUCAGCACAGACAGCAUCUUCUUCUGUUCCUUCUUAUAUGGUGGAAGAUUGCACUAGCAAGAGCAGUAACAGACCACUCACUUCUACUUGCCGCAACUAUCAGAUUUUUUUUAGCUACUUGCUUGCAUCUAAGAAAGGGAUACCUCUUCCAGCUGUGUCUACUAUUAGGUGGAAUUCCACUGCAAUCCUAGUCUUUUUUUUGUGUCUUCAAUAGGGUUAGAGGUUGAAAUAUUUAGCGCUCUUGUUCUGUUAGUAUAUUCAGGUUAAAAGAAUUUAUUUGCUUAA